UCCUGCUGGUCGGUGCACUGUACAGCGGUUGCCAUGACUUCGGAAGGCAGGACGAAGCAAGUGCCUGGACGCCUUCAUCGUCGCCUUGAACCAAGCUUGCGAUGGAGGAAAAAGGCGUUGGUAUGCUUCUACGCUGGAGCUACAACUUGUGUCGCUGGAGGUUUGUGGGGCAUGCAGAAGUGUCCCGGUCUUGCACGUGCGUGUCCAUCGACGAACGCCUCGUAGCUUGUGGUCUCCUUGUAAAUCACACAAGACAGCCGACAUGCGCAGUGGAGAGGGUUGCAUCUCGAGUCGCGUUCCGGCUGUGCAGGCUUUCGGUUUGACGUGGGCACUUCCGAUGGAGGUUCUGCUGCAAAGUUCUGCUAUCGAGCAGCGAUCAGGAUCAGAAUGUCGACAGAUGAAUACAUCUACAGCAAGCCUAGGAUCGAUGUCUUGGCUUCAAAGGCUGAAAUGGAUGGUGCUUGAAUUGGAUACGCCCGUGAGCAUGGCGCCGUGGCCGACCUCCCUGCAGCAGCUAUCGUUUGGAGAUCACUUCAACCGUCCCAUCGCGGAAGUCGUAUGGCCGGCCUCUCUGCAGAAGCUAGAAUUUGGAGAUGAGUUCAACCAGCCCAUCGCCGAAGUCGAGUGGCCGGCCUCUUUGCAGUACCUGUCAUUUGGAGAUGAAUUCAACCAGCCCAUUGCCGAAGUUGUGUGGUCGAUCUCCCUGC